AUGAAAAGUUUAUUAUUAUUUUUCUUCUUUCUAGUUUGUGUUUAUACUAGCUCUUUACAUAUUAUAAACAAAAGAGAAACUGAAACUGUUUCUGAACAUGCCGGAAAAGCUAUUGAUGAGGCUGGAAAAGCGAUUGGGCAAGUUGCCUCUGAUGCAAAAAAUGCAGCUGCUGGUGUUUUAAAUGAGGCUGGUGAAAAAAUUUCUGGUGCGGCAAAUUCAGCUAUUGAAGGUACUAAAAAUGUUGCUGGUAAAAUUGGUGAAUCAUUGUCUGAUACUGCAUCAUCUCUUAAAAAAAAUGUUGUUGCUGGGGGAGAGAAUGUUAUUCAGGGUGCCAAAGAUAUUGGAAAAGCUGCUUCUGAUAAAUUAAAUCAGGCUGGUGAGACUAUUUCUGGAGCAGCAAUCUCUGUCAAAGAUGGUGUUAUUAGUGGUGGUGAACAAGCAAUUAAUGAAGCUAAAAAUAUUGGAAGUUCUGCUGCUGGUAAAUUAAAUGAAGCUGGUGAUAGUCUUUCUAAUGUUGCUGGCAGUGCUAUUGAAGGAACAAAAGAACUUGCUGGUAAAAUUGGUAAUACUUUUUCAGGUGCAGCUGCUUCAGUUAAGGAUGGUAUUGUAAAUGGUGGGGAAGCUAUUGCAGAUGGAGCUAGUGAUUUAAAAAAUUCAGCUGUUAACACAUUAAAUGAUGCAGGGGAAUCAAUAGCAAAUACAGCAGAUUCUGCUAUAGAUGGAACAAAAAAUCUUGCUUCUGGUGCUGUUAAUUCAAUUGGAAGUGGAUUAAAUAAUCUUGGAACAUCAGUUAUUGGAGUAGGAGAUUCUUUAAAAACUGCAGCUGGUUCAAUUGCUCAUGAUAAUAGUGUUGGUAGUAAUAUUCCACCAGGAGAAGUUCAAUGUUACGUCUGUAACAGUAAUUAUAAAGAACAAGAAGAUUGUAGCAGCAGUGAUGAAAAUAUUUUAAAAAAAUAUAUUCAGAAAUGUAAAAAAAUUGAAGAUGGUUCACAUAAAAAUGAAGAUGCAGUUGCUUGUCGUAAAGUUAGACAAAUGAUUGGUGAUGAAAAAGAAGUAAUAUCACGCGAAUGUGCUUAUUCUCUUGAAGAUUUAGGAACUAAAAGAAGGACAGGAAGUAUAGGAGUUGUUUUGUAUACUACUCAAUGUGUCUCUGAAGACAACAAUAAACCAUGUAAUUCUUCUUCAAAUCUUUCUUCAUACUUUAGUAUAAUCUCAACUUUGAUUUUUAUGGUAGCCUACAUUUUAAACCCUUAA